ACUGGCCUAUACCCAUGUGAGCCCCCAGAAACACUGGGUGAGAUAUUGUGCAUUUCCCCUCACCCUGCCCAGCCCUGUGCUUAGCUUGGCUGAUUCUUCCCCUGUGUCGCUUUACUUUGCCCCACUGUCCCCAGACCCCCCUUUUUAAUGCUGCCUCACAGGCAGCUCCAAAUUCUCCAACAUAUGUAAGCUUUCAAUUCAUGCUUAAUUUUUCAUUUUCCACUUUUUAAAACCUUGGACAAGUUCCACCUGUGGAUGUUAUGGGUAAGAAGACAAGGCUGUGACGGUCCAAGUGACAAUGGAAUAAUUUACUACCUCGGACGCUUUUUUUUUCCUGAGAAAGUGGAUUCAAACUGGAUUUACUGGAGCCGUCACCAGUUAAUUCUUCAUGAGGAGGCUUUGUCUCCAAUUUAAAGUAUCCUACCUGAGAUAGUCUACACGUCACAAUGGCUGAAGCCACUGGGUCCAGUGACGGAGCAGCAGCGCCACAGACGAGCUCUCUCAGAUCCAAAGGUCUGGGGCUGCUCAACAAGGUGAAAAUGUCUGUUGAGCUGCUGAUUGCCCUUGCUGCUCUCCUGUCCUGGCUGGUUGUAGGUGUGGUGAUGUUUGACUUUGUUGAGUACAAAGCAGUCCCCGACAUCCAGCAGAUCAUAACGGACCCUGUCCAGGCCGUGAACGACGCCACUGAUGAGUUAUCCAGUCUGCUCAAUAAGUUUCAAGAAUGCGCACCAGAUUUAAGUGACCCCAUGUCAGCUGCCAGAUACGCGGCCGAGGAAAUAUCAGAAGCAAAAGAUGGGUUUGUUCGAUAUUUGUCAGAUGAAGAAGGGAACUUCUACCUCAGCUACAUUGACCCUGUGGUCAUUGGUAGACAAGCUUUCCAUUCAACGAAUGACUUCAUAGGUGGAGCACUGGGUUCCUUCGGGGACACACUGUGUGCUGUUGUGGAUACAUCACUGGAAACCAUAGAAGAUAUUAAAAAAGGAAAAACUGAUCUUGGCUAUAUUGACCCUGUAAUGAUAGGCAGAGGUGUCUUUAAUGCUACUAAUGAGUUCAUGUGUGGAGUGGCGAGCUACAUCCAGGAUGUGCUCUGUUCCAUACUGGACACUACACUGAAUGUAGUGAAAGGAACCGUCGACAUUAGCUUCAUGGACCCUGUGGUAAUAGGAAGAAAUAUAUUCCACGUCACAAAUGACACAGUGAGUGGAAUAUUUGGCUACAUCCAGGACAUGCUCUGUGCCAUCGUAGACAUGACACUGGAUGCAUUCAAAGGAACCACUGACAUUAGCUUCAUUGACCCCGUGGUUAUUGGCAGAAAUGCCUUCAGUGUUACUAAUGACUUUGUGAGUGGACUAUUUGGCUACAUCCAGGGCGUGCUCUGCGCAGUCUUGGAUGUCAUACUGGACACGCUAAAAGAUAUCCAGCAUUCCUUGGGAUUUAGCCCCGUGUCAGUUUUUAAGUCAGCAGUAGAAAUCACCAAAGAGCAGACAAACCUGCUUGCGAGCUACAUCUCCUCAACACUGAUUGGUGAACAAGGAAUCAUGCCUGAAGUGUCCAUUGACCCAAUGAAAGUUGUUGAAGAUGCUGUGUCAGAGCUCACAGACAAGAAGGAUUUGCUCUUAGCUUACAUGUCAAGCAUGAUUGUUGGUGAUCAGGGGGAACCUGUCACCACCCCAGGUGUAAAUGUGGUAACAGAAAAAGAUGAAGCUGUACCUUCCCCAUCUGAUAUCAAUUUAGUAAGAAGGGAAGGGGAAUUUCUGCCUCCAUUUGAAAAAGUUACAGAGAUCACGCGUGCUGCCAAAGAUGAAGCUGCUCCUGCUGCAGAGAUAAAAGAAGACUCUGAGAUGGCACCCACUGAAGCAGAUGUGACAGAGGAAGAUGAUGCGAGACACAUUGAAGAACCAGAACUGAGACCAUCACUGAAGGAGGAGGAGGAAAAGCUUGAUGAUGACACCAAGGAGGAAGAAGAGGAAAAUGGAGAGGGUGAUGAUGACGAAGUUCAAAUAAAGGAUAAUGCAGAACAAUUAAUAAAAGAAAAAGAGCAUAAAGAGGCGAUAGAAGAAGGAGGAGGUGAUGGUAGAGGUGAAGACCAAGAAAAGAGAGACACAAAGACAGAUGAAUUUGCGAUAAUUGUAAAUGAUGAAGUGAUACAGUUAGCAGAAGGGGUGAUAGAAGAUGAAGAGGUGCAGGAGACCAAAACCAAAGACAUUUUGGUAGAAGAUGAUGAGGAGAGCAACACUGAAGAAACUAUUGUGGAUAAACAUGAGAAAACAAAAACUGAAGACAUUUUUGGCCAGGCCAGAACUGACGAUGCUUCAGUAGAACAUGAGGAAGAGGAAGAAGCCAAAACUGGAGAUGAUUUGGUAGAACAUGAGGAGGAAGAAGAAGAAGCCAAAACUGAAGAUGAUUUGGCAAAACAUGAGGAGGAAGAAGAAGAGGCCAAAACUGAAGAUUAUUUGGUAGAGCAUGAGGAAGAAGAAGAAGCCAAAACUGNAGAUGAUUUGGUAGAACAUGAGGAGGAAGAAGAGGAAGCCAAAACUGGAGAUUAUUUAAUAGAGCACGAGGAGGAAGAAGAAGCCAAAACCGAGGAUGAUUUAGUAGAACAUGAGGAAGAGGAAUCCAAGACUCGUGAUAUUUUGGCAGGAUAUGAAGAGGAAGAUAGUGAGCUUCCCAGUAUUUUGGUAGAAGCUGAGAAGGAGGCAGAGGAAAUUCAAACUGAAUACAUUUUUGAAGAUCAAGAAGAGACUAAAAUCAGAGACAGUGAUGAGGAGGAGGAGGAAGAGGAGGAGAAAAAUGAAGAUGUAGUAGAAUAUGAGGAUAGUGGGGAGAAGGGGCCAGAAGAACCUAUUGUAGUAGAACAGGAAGAGACCAACACUGAAGAGCCAUCAAUGACACACCUUAAAAUACUGUUAUCUGAGAAAAUCGGUAAUGACAGCACUGUACCUGAAUCUGCUGAUGGUGAGGAGGAAGAGAAAGAAACUUUUUUUCCUGUUUACGAGGAGGAUGAAUACUCCAACAUCAUUGAUGAUCAUGAUGAAAAUAACAACAACAGCGAAAGCAGAAAGACUGAACCUAAACGAAAGAGGAAGGCCGAUGUUACCCUUGAGAGAUUUGGAGGACUCAAAUUGUCUCACAAAGCAGAAAGCCACAACAAAUAUGAAAAAGUUCUGAAAGAAGCAAAGAAAAGACAUGCAAUAGAAGAAGUUAAAGAUGGCAUUAUUAAAGAUCUCAAAGCUGCAGCACCUGUGAUGGAGAAGAAAAAAGAUAAGGAAGCCAAAGAGUUUGAAACAGUAGAGAUAAAACCAAAAGAAGUAAAACUAAAGGAGAAGCCCGAAGUUGACACAAAACCUCUUAAACUGAAAGAAAAGAAGCCCAAAGAAGAAGAGCCAGUAAAGAAGAUGCUCAGAAAAGAUGUAAAAGAACUGCCCAAAGAAAAGAAAAAAGUUGUCAAACCUAAAGGUGAGAGGGAAGUGAAAGAACCUCCCAAAGGAAAGGACAAGGCGAAAAAACCAAUUCACUCAGAGGUCAAAGCAACAAAACCACCUAAGAAGGAAACAGAUCUCAAGAAGAUUUCCAAAGAAAGGAAGAGGGUGAUGAAACCAGCGAAAGAAGAGGAACAAGUCAAAAAACCUCCCAAACAAGAAAAGGAAAUCAAGAAAACACCUAAAAAAGAGAAAGAAGUCAUUAAAGAUACCAGAGAAGUUAAAGAGGAAAAGGAACCAAUAAGACAAAUAAAGGAACUCAAGAAAUCACCCAAAGAAGAGAAGGAGAGAAAACGUCUUAAAGAAGAGGAAAAAUCUCCCAAACAAGAGAAAAAAGUUAAGAAACCUGUCAAAGAAGAGAAGAAAGAGGAGAAACCUCUUAAAGAAGAG